UCGAAGAAGGCACCGGCGAAGAAGAGCGAAGAGCAAGAAAUGGCGUCGAAGAGGAUCACGCACGAUGUAGUUGGAGGUCACGAUGCACUUCGAUUCGGCCUCGAUGGCGUCAAAGGCGACAUCGUUGGCGUUCACCCUCUCCAGUCUCUUCGCGAGAAGAUGAAGUUGGAUUUGGAGGGGAAGAAGCGGUCGAUUUUAGAUCUCACAUAUGGUUCGGCCUUCAAUCUCCGCAACGAUUUCGAGCGCCAGAUCCUUUCCCGAUUCCAAAAGCCUCCGGGAGUGCUGCCAUCCUCAAUGCUUGGUUAUGAAGCUCUAACCGGUUGUUUGGAGGAUUUUGGUUUUGAAGAUUACCUUAAUGUGCCCCAAGACUCUGAGACUCAUCGACCAGCGGAGAUGCAUCAUGGCAUGGAGGUUUGCCAUGGCCUGUCAAAGGGACCAGUUUGCCCUAGCCUGAACUAAGCCCUUAAUGCACUUGCUAUGUUGGGGUUCUACAUUCUUCUUGUUUCAAACAUGAAAUGGAUGCCUUUGUUCUGUGAUUUACCAAAUGAAACUUAGAACUUGGAACAGACUGAACUGAAUUUAAAUGCAUGUUAAGAUUGUUGCGUUGAAGAUAUUGUUCUUUUCAAA